GAAAAGUACCCCACCCAAAACUCCAUCAAAAAUUGUCCUAUUCAAAAAUUUUGAUUUUUCACUGAAAUAUUAUAAAAACUCGCAAUUUUUGCCAUGAAAUCUGAGCACCCUCUAUAAACUUUAUUAAAUGAGAAAACUAUAUCAACAUCUUUACUUCAUAUAAAUAAGCAAUACUUCAUUUUUGGAAUCUCUUUGGAAACGGUUUGUUAUUUGUCAGACGUGCUGUCAAGAUUCCCGCUUGUGAAGGGUUUCUUUUGAAGUUAGUUUUCCGUCUUUGAAUAAUGGAUGUAAUAGAAAAUAAUAUGAAGUCAUUUAAUUUCGGGGCUACGUCUCGUCUCAAGGAUGGUAUUGUGCUCAAGGAUUUGGUGAAAAAUAAUGCAGCAGAAUUCACGUUAGACGUUUCUGAAGGCAUAAAAGAUGAACUUGAUGAUUUUGAGAUGAGUCCAUUUGAUUAUGAAGACUUCAGUUCAUUUAAUAAUAGCAAUGAUUAUAAAGAAGCACUGGGUGAUCUAUCAAAAAUUCAAUUUGAUCAAUUAAAGAAAAAAAUGACAAAUGUUGUUGAUGAUGGAGAUAUUAAAAAAAUGGUUUUAAGAAGUGGAAGGGGAGAAGUAAUUCCUUCUGAUGCUGUAGUUUAUUUUCAUUAUAAAUGCCAUUUAGAAAUGCAAGAUGUACCAUUUGAUUCUUCAUAUGAACGCAACAAGCCCUUGCGAAUUCAAAUGGGAAUCGGAGCUUUGUAUCCAGGUUUCGAAUAUAGCCUGUUGUCUAUGAAGCUCAAUGAACGUUCAAUAUUUCUAGUGAGUCCUAAAUAUGGUUUUGGUGAAAUGGGCUGUCCUCCUAGAAUCCCUCCGAAUGCUACUCUGCUUUUAGAAAUUGAACUUCUCAAAAUCUUUGACAGUAAUGAAAUCAACGCUAUUGAUGCACCGUUAGAAGAAAAAGAUUCCUUUUCGAAAGUUUUCUCUCGAGCAAAGGAGUAUCUUGCUAUUGCUAAUAAUCAUCAUGUCAAAGGAGAACUUAUUCCUGCCAUUAAUAAGUUUAAGAAAGCGGAAAAUAUUCUUCUGUCAUGUAAAAUGUGCUCUGAUGAAGAAGAAAAUCUUUGUAGAAAGCUACUUUUUAAAAUAUACCUUAAUAUGUGUGUAUGUUAUAAUAAUCCAAAGUUGAAUUCACCUGAGAGAGUUUGUAUUGCAGCCAGGGAAGCCUUGUACAUCUACCCAGAAAAGGCUAGACAAUCUGCAAAGCUUUAUUUCCAUAUGGGAAAAGCACAGUUGACAUUUCAGGACUUUGAUAGAGCUAGUAACCACUUCAAGAAAGCAUUAUCCAUUGAACCAAAUAACAAGGAUAUCAAGGAAUUUAUUACAGAAGUUGAAAGGAAAAGACAAAAAUAUCUUCAACAUGAAAGGUUAUCAUAUCAAAAGGUAUUUCAAUCACAUAAACCUGUACCAAAAGAUGUUGAACCCAAUAUUAUCUUUGAGAAAACCUUUCGUAAGCAGUUGGCAGAGAUAAUCAAUAAAAAUAUUGAUAAGGUACAGCUUCCAGUUGGUCUUACGUCAAAAGAAAAAAACCUAUGUCGAGAGAUUUCCGAACAAUAUGGCCUCCAUUAUGAGGAAAUAAUUAUUGGUGGGAAAAAGACUGUGUAUGUAACGGCAAAAGAUUGAAUGAGUUAUCAUUGUUUCUUUGAGGAAAAGAUUUUUAUGGACUUUGUUGUAAAGAUGUAUUAAUUUUACAGAAAACUAUAUAUUACUCUAUAGGUUGUUAUUGUUGUUUUAUAAAUAUUUUUAUUUUCUCUUAACUCUCUUUAAAAUUAAUUUAAAUAUAUGUUUAGAUAAAUUCUUCUAUUAAUUUUAUAGACUGGUAAUAUGGACUGGUCUUGGAGUUUCAAAAAUUAUUUUUUUAAUAUAUUCGCCUUAUUCAAGAAAAU